UGUUGUGAAGUUCUCAACUCCUCCUCUAAUCGACUAACUUCGAGAGGUAGCCUAGAAACCAAAAAAAAAACAUAGACAAACCUCAAAGAGGAGCGGGAUCACAAGAAGCCUAGAAACAAACACAGACGAAGAUCACAAGUAGCCUAGAAACAAACACAGACGAACCUCAAAGACGAGCGAGAUCAGUCGCCCAUCUUUGCAAGAGAGUAUGGUGCGGUCACACAUGUGGACUUCUGUAAUUCUAAACCUCAUGAUUUUGCUGUAACUGGAUCCACAAGGGUGCAGAUCUACAGCUCAACCACACACCAAGUCAACAAGACCAUUUCCAGAUUCAAGGAAGUAGCCUACUGUGGUACAUUUCGCAGUGAUGGACAGCUGAUGAUAGCCGGAGGAGAAGAUGGUCUGAUACAGCUGUUUGACCUAAAUAGUAGAGCUGUUUUGAGACAAUUCAAAGGACAUUCAGGGCCUGUUCAUGUGACCAAGUUUCUUCAAGACAACCUUCACAUUGUGUCUGCUUCAGAUGACAAACUUGUAAACUGCUGGGACAUUGCCACUGAACAGACGACAGCCACUUAUAAAGAACACGAAGACUAUGUGAGGACAGGAGUGGCAAGUCAAGUUAGCAGUGACAUCUUCUUAACAGGGUCAUACGAUCACACUGUCCGAAUGUGGGACAGGCGAUGUAAUGCUAGCGUGAACACCUUGGACCAUGGUGCCCCGGUGGAAUGUAUCCAGAUGUAUCCAAAUGGUGCAAUGGCAAUAACAGCAGGGGAGAAUGUCAUCAAGAUUUGGGACAUCCUAAGUGGAGGUCGGCUCGUCACUUCAUUCUCAAACCACCAGAAGACCAUCACUUCUCUCUGCUUUGAUGGCGCUUACAAACGCUUGCUAUCAGGAUCCAUUGACAGGAAUGUCAAGGUUUAUGACCUUCAAGACUACAAAGUUGUUCACAGCAUGGAUUAUCCAUCUCCAAUUCUCAGCUUGGCUGUUUCACCUGAUGAUUCCCACAUCAUUGUUGGCAUGUCAGAUGGCUUACUAUCAAUUAAGCACCGAAACAAUAACAUGGAAGAAACAUCUACCCUACCGCCUCCUAGGCCACGCCCAGGGAGCUUCAAAUACUUCAUUAGGGGCCAGAACUAUAAGCCAACUGAGGAUGAUGUUGUUGUAUCUGAAAAAAGGAAAACCUACCUUAACAAGUAUGACAAGUUAGUCAAGAAUUUUGAGUAUGCUGCUGCUCUUGAUGCCAUACUACAGCCUCUCUCUAAUCACCCCCCUGUAGUGGUUGCUAUAUUACAAGAGCUGAUACGGCGAGGAGGACUGGAGAGAGCUUUAUCAGGAAGAGAUGAGGAGGGACUGGUGCCCAUCUUAUAUUUCCUAAUACGUAAUAUAACCAACCCAAGAUAUACUGUUGUCCUCAUCGAUGUUGCAAACAUCCUGUUAGAUAUGUAUUCUCCCAUAAUCGGUCAGUCUCCGAACAUUGACCAACUUUUUACGAGCCUGAGAGAAGGCAUAACUAAAGAACUAGACUUCAACCAGCAGGCUUGUGAACUGCUAGGCGCUUUGGACACUAUAUUUGCCGCUUCCUCGUGUUCACUUGGGACAGCAAGCAUGCCAGAGGUCACAGAAGGGAGAUAGCACAUGUUUGGUAAUGGUUAUGAGGAGACGGCGAAUCUGAGCACGGCGAUGUGCCAUCACACCUUUAUCCUGGGCUAGGGAAUUAAGGUGUCGCACGAGCUUACAUGGAAACAUCAACCAGUCGCAUGAGCUUACGUGGAAACAUCAACGAGUCGCAUGAGCUUACGUGGAAACAUCAACGAGUCGCAUGAGCUUACGUGGAAACAUCAACGAGUCGCAUGAGCUUACGUGGAAACAUCAACGAGUCGCAUGAGCUUACGUGGAAACAUCAACGAGUCGCAUUAGCUUACGUGGAAACAUCAACGAGUCGCAUGAGCUUACGUGGAAACAUCAACGAGUCGCAUGAACAUGAGCUUGUGUGGAAACAUCAACGAGUCGCAUGAACAUGAGCUUGUGUGGAAACAUCAACGAGUCGCAUGAGCUUACGUGGAAACGUCAAUGAGUCGCAUGAGCUUGUGUGGAAACGUCAUCGAGUCGCAUGAGCUUGUGUGGAAACAUCAACGAGUAGCAUUAGCUUACGUGGA